CUCACCUCGCCGCCGCCGCCGCCGCCGUGCUCGCCGGAUUCCAAUUUCCUGCCGGAAGCCGCUAUGGCGGACCGCUUCUUCCCCAACGACAUGCCCGGCUACGUCGAGGAGGAAGCCGCGCCCGCUCCGGCCGCUGAACUCUCAUCCUCGUCCUCGCUCCACACACUCCUAUCCCUCCCCUACCCCGUGCUCGCCGCCCGCUUCCUCCACGCCGCGCUCCAACUCAAGCAGAAGGCAACAGAUCACGUGCCGCAGCUCCCUAGAUUGCAUGCUGUCGCGCCCUCGUCGGCUCGUGUGGAGACGAUCUUUGUCGUCCUCUGCCGUCUCAGGUUGUGCACGAGAGUUUGGGAGAUGCGACAGCGAGCGGCGGAGGACUUCACGCUCUACACCGGCGCGCUUGGCACCGCGCUCCUGGUCUUCAGGGCCUACUCGGCCACCGGAGACCGCGCCGACCUCGCAACCUGCGCCGAGAUCGUGGCCGCUUGCGACGCGGCGUCUGCACCCGCGGGCCAGGAGUAA